GAAAAACUCAAGGAAAUGCAGGAAUUCUUUGGGUUGAAAGUUACUGGGAAGCCAGAUGCUGAAACUCUAAAGAUAAUGAAAAGGCCCAGAUGUGGAGUCCCUGAUGUGUCUUCAUUUACAAUCACUGAAGGAAAUCCUAAAUGGAACAAGAAAAACCUUACUUACAGCAUUGAAAACUACACACCAGAUUUAGCAUGGGAGGAUGUGGAUGAUGCUGUCAGGAAAGCGUUUAAAGUCUGGAGUGAUGUCUCCCCCUUAACAUUCACUAAGAUCACGAAGGGUGAAGCAGACAUAAAGAUCUCUUUUAAUUAUGGAGAUCAUUAUGAUAAUUCUCCCUUUGAUGGUCCCAAUGGAAUCCUUGCUCAUGCCUUCCAACCAGGUCCAGGAAUUGGAGGCGAUGCUCAUUUUGAUGAAGAAGAAAAAUGGACAAAAGACCACACAAAUUACAACUUGUACCAUGUUGCUGCUCAUGAAUUUGGUCAUUCUCUGGGUCUUGGUCAUUCCUCUGAUAUUGGUGCCUUGAUGUACCCCUCCUAUGGUUUCAGUGACCUCAAUAAUAUCCAGCUUUCUCAGGAUGACAUCGAUGGCAUUCAAUUCAUCUAUGGUCCCUCCAAUAAUCCUGACCAGCCAACAGGAUCAAGGACACCACAAGCCUGUGAUAAGAAGCUGACCUUUGAUGCUAUCACCACGGUCCGGGGAGAAAAAAUAUUUUUCAAAGACAGGUUCUAUCUCCGUAAGAGUCCCUAUGAACCUGAAGCAGAAGUGAAUUUAAUUUCUGUGUUCUGGCCAAGCCUCCCAAAUGGGAUUGAAGCUGCUCAUGAAGUUAGAGAAAAGGACAUAAUCAGGUUUUUCAAAGAUGACAAGUUUUGGGUUGCCACAGCGCAGAAUGUGUUUCCGGGUUAUCCCAGAGACAUCUAUAGAACUUUUGGUUUUCCUAGAACUGUGAAGAAAAUUGAUGCUACUGUUUCUGAGGAAUAUACUGGAAAAACCUACUUCUUUGUAGGGAAAAAUUACUGGAGAUAUGAUGAGCGGAAGAGAUCUAUGGAUGCAGGUUAUCCAAAACCAAUCAUAAAUGACUUUCCUGGAAUUGGGAGCAAAGUUGAUGCUGUUGUCAAUGACAAUGACUUCUUCUAUUUCUUCAGAGGAACAAGACAGUAUAAAUUUGACCUUCAAGCCAAGAGAGUUAUAGCUGUCAUGAAGACCAACAGCUGGUUUAACUGUGGAGCCUACUGA